UAGCCAACGCUAACUCGUUUGUGUCUGUUUUAAAAAUAUUAAUAAAUAUGCCUCAGUAAUCAGACUGGGUGGUUUAAAGUUGUUCUUUAUUUGCAAAUGUUAUGCCAUUUGCGAAUGGGAGCCGGUAGUUUAUGUCCGAGUUGUGGGAAUUGUAGUUUUUCUUCUAAGUCGCGGAUCUUACGUCACUGUUCGACAAUGUAGCUAGCUAGCAGCUUAUCGCAACAGAACAGCGCAGCAUGUGAGAGUUUCUUAAUGUUAAACGAGGAGAUAUUGACUCCAAAACAAUGGCGGCCUUGUUGCUUAUUCCAUGUAAGAUAAACGAUGCUUCGUAGUUCUUCGUGGGUCUUUUGGUUUAGCUAAUGUUUUUUGACUUGACGUUUGGUUCAACUUAUCGUCAGCAGGGAUGGCGGGGGUGAGAUGUGGAGAUGACGUCUCAGAGUACCUGAGCCAGAACCCGCAGCUGGCCCAGUGGAUCGAGUCGUUUCGGGGCUACUGUGAGAGCAGCAAGCAGUGGUCUGCUCGGAGGGAGUUCAUCCUGAGGAACAUGGAGGCUUUCCCCACGGUGAAGCCGGGGACCUGCAGCAGCAGUUUGGACAGGCUACUAUCUCUGUCCAUGGUCUGGGCCAACCACGUCUUCCUCGGCUGCAGUUACCCGCAGGCUGUCAUGGACAAGAUCAAGGAUAUGGGCGAGGGGAUCGCCGUCCAGGACCCGCCAGUCCACAAAACAACGAGAGCUGGAAUCACAGCCAGAGGAAAGCGCAGCGCCCCAGACGACGGCGACCCCGAAGGCUGUGUGAAGCGAUCCAGAACCGAAGCCGACGGCCGGCCGUCCGGGAGAGCGGCGGCGCGGUCUGCCAUCCAGAAGUCCGGGCCGCCACCUCAGGCUCCGGCGGAACAACAACCCUUCUUCAACCGUCUCUACAAGGCUGUGGCGUGGAAACUGGUGUCGGCCGGCGGCUUCGGCCCCAACCUGGACCACUUCGAGAUCCUGCGCAGCUGCGUGGAGUCGUGCAAACAGACGGUGACAUGCGUGUUCGUGCCGCUGAAGGACAUUGCGGGCCUCCCGGCGGGACGCACGCAGAAGGAUGGCCAUGUGUGCGAAAUCCGCUGCCAGACCGUCUACAUGGGCACGGGCUACGGGCGCGACGAGGCCGCCGCCAAGGCCAUGGCCUCCAAAGAGGCGCUGAAGGUGUUCCAGGGCCGGAAAGUCACGGUAAAGAUCUGCAGGCGGCGCUACAGAGGCAGGGAGGUGGAGGACCUGGUGCUGCUGGACGAGCUGCCGCGGACUCAGGGCUUCCCUCCGGCGCUCAGCUACCCGUUCCAGGACGAGCCGCAGGACGAAGGUCCAGACUGUUAGCCAAACCUGAUGCAUCUUAGAACAAAAGGAAAGCGCUAAAUUUAGGGAAAAAAAAGGCUUCUUGACUGAUUACCUCCAGUAACGAGCGGCCAUGUUGUUCGUUUCGUUGCUGCUGAGUUUUAGUCGAACCUUUGACUCAGCUGAAAUAAAACUGUCACUUUAACUUUA